CUACACCUGAAACUGAGCUUAGUGAAUAUCCAGAGAAACCAGAUAUCACAAUGAUGUGUGACAAGUGUAAGAUAUUUGUGGAUCUACGUGACUUGAAGGACCACAGGGCCUACCAUAACUCCUUGGAGACCAUGAGAUAUUUUGGAGAUGAUUACCCUGAAGACCUCCAAGCUUUAGUACAACGAAGGAUAUUACUUCUUAGAGAAUUAAGGUCCGAGUAUGAUGAUGGGUUACCACCUGAUGCAAAAAUGGUUCAAACAAUAAACAGUGCUUUUGAACUUCUUAAGUCAGAUCUUGAAGAUACAUAUACUGCUUCUAGGCAAAUGGAGGAGAAGAUGGAAAUAACCUCAGAAGGAUUAGGUUUGAACUGUAGACCUAAGUGUGUGCUAGCAAUGGGGAUGUGUUCUGAUAGAAAUGAAAGAUGGAAAAAUAGUAUGGAGGACUGUAGAGUGUUUCAAGAUAGUUUUGGUGAAGAUGAUAAUAAAAGCUAUUUUGCCAUUUAUGAUGGACAUGGGGGUGCAUAUGCUGCAGAAAUGGCUGCUAGUGAACUCCAGUACUAUCUCUUAAAAGAGAUGCAGAAUUUUGAUCCAAAUGUUCAGUUUGAUCACAUUUUUACCAUGGAUGAAUUGGAUGAAAAAGGGUCAAGUAAUGGACACAGUUACAGAGGAAAAAGUGGAGGACUAUCUGGGAGGAAAAGUCGGGGCCAUUCAGAAGCAAAGAAAAAGAAAGAUCCUUACUCAGAAAAUAUGUCCUCUGCUUUCAUUGAGGCCUACUAUCAGACAGAUCAUUAUUUAUCAUUUGGGAAAGACGAGCAAUCUAGAGUGAGGUGGAGUGGAUGCUCUGCCUUGACUGUGUUAUUGCAGAAUACAUGUCCAGAGGAGUAUGUUCUGCCAGACACCAGGGAUCAACCAGAAGUUUCAAAGCCUGAGCCUCCUAAACAACUUGGGCUUCUCCAUUUGGCACAUGCAGGAAAUGUGCAGGCAAUACUGGUGCGUGAUAACAGGGCCUACCGUUUGACAAGAAACCACACCCCCACCAAUGACAAGGAAAGAGCCCGGGUUAUAAAGGAGGGUGGCUAUAUCAGUGAAAGUGACAAAAACAAGUUGGUCAAUGGGAUACUUUUGGCCACCAGAGGGCUUGGUAACCAUGGUGAUGUCAAAUUGAAGAAGUGUGUCCCAUGUGAGCCUUUUACAACUACAGUACCCAUUGAUCAGUAUGCUCAGUUCCUCAUCUUAGCUUCACAUGGAAUUUGGGAGGUGUUCAGUGAAAAUGAAGCAGCAGCUCUUCUUGUUCAACUCCUACCAUCAAACCAAAUCCCAGCACCAAGUGUAGUAAGCACAAGUGUCAACUUACUCCUUGCUGAAUACAAUGCGCGUGGACAGUCCAACAUGGAGGAUAUCGAUGCAAGUAUCUAUACUCCAAUGUCCAAGGCAUAUGACCAGCGGAACAAAUCCCAGCAGAGCAACAUGAGAAAGUUGUCCUUCAAUGAUGAAAUAAAUAUAGACAGUGUGUCUGUGACUUCAAAGAAAAGUGCAGGAAAAACCAAUGUUAUGAACAAGCAGGCCCAGUCACCGAUUCUAGAACAGCAUGAGGAAAAUAACAAGCCACUGGCUGAGAAUCACCUCAAGCCAAAUUAUGAUCCUGAUGAUAUGAGAACUGAGAUUGGUAGUAACACUGGGUAUGAGUCUGGACAUGAAUCAGGGGAGGAGGGAGAUGUAGAGUCCAUGACGGAUUUGUUGUCCAUGCCCGGUCAGUCUGGGCGGUCAUCCUUUGCUCUGACCAGGGAGGACAUUCAGAGGGACUUUGCGAAAGUCAUGUCUGAGAGACUUGUACAUGCUGCAUUGUUAGCCGGUGCCAAGGAUAAUAUAACUGCAAUGGUGAUCUUGUUUCCUGGGUGUGGUUUGUAAUCGGUCUGUACAUGAACUAAUGAUAUCCCUGUACAGUGAAUUCUGAGGUGGCUUUGAAGGUUCGUGUGGGAAGGAAAGGAUAGGUGCUUUUGCUGCUGCUUUCCUUUUUUAUGCACACCUCAUUGCUGCUGUCAGUUUCUGAAAUUAUGUGUCUGAGAUAUCUAAAUUCUUCCGCAUCUUCUGGUCAGAUAUAUCAGUGGAGAUGGGUGGAGGGUGGUCUGUUGUAAGGAGAUGGGGUAGGAAUACCAAUUCUGUUUUCCCAAGAUUGAUGGUUGAUUAGAGGGCAAGGCCCAUCAAACUUGUUGACAGUGAGUGGAAGGGCAAAUUGCUGUGUAUGCUAUGAGAGCACAGUCAUCAACAAAAAGAUUUUUUAAAAUCACUGACCUGGUUCUAUGUAUGGAAUAUAUGAUAUGGUGGUUGUGUUUUCAGAGUACCGAUUGAUCCACAGUAUCUGAUAAGGUGGAGGGCCCAAGAAAAAAUCUGAUUCUUAUGGUUGUAUUGUAAUUGUACAACAAUAACUUUGCAGAUAUAGGGUUAAAAUCACUAUUGGUGGUCAGAUAAAGUGUUGAGUGAUAUAAUUUUUACAUCACAUCCAGGAUUGGUUGGUGUUUUGCAAGCAGUGUAUUAUGAUCAGAAGUAAAUAAUGUAUCAGCCAGCUAUAUAUUAUGAAGAAUCAUUUUACACCAUUAAUUAGAGUGUAUCAAGCCAGUUUUUAAAUAUAAUAUGAUGUAUAUAGUAAUCUUGAUUUCUUUUCUUUUUAUGUCUGUGAUUUUGUUCAGUGAUUCUGCCCACCUUCUUAAGGUCUGUAAUUUAAAACGGUUUUUUAAACAUAUUUUGUUUUUGUUAAGAGUAUAUGCAUGACAAUUUUUUUGAUUCUUUAUGUACAGGUCAAAUUCUUUCCCCAUAUAGAUGAAUCAGAUGUUUUUUAUUGGAAUUGAAUGUUUUUUAAUGGCGGUUAUACAAUAUNGAACUAAGAGCUAUUGAACUUUGUAAGACUGACAUUUUGAAUAAUACAGAAGCUUUAUUU